AUGAUGGCAAGAUCCACAAGCUUCAAAAACAACACGCAAACCCGCCAAAAGACUCACCGCAGUACCAGGACGGAGAUUCAAGCUGAUGCGGACCACUCUGUUCCUGAUGGCGUGCACAGUACCCACCCUGUUGUAUACCAUGACAGUCCUGUGGCGGAUCGUUUUUACGUCGGGCCACCAAAGACAUGUUUCUUCGUCGACAGAAAAUUCGCAGCUUCUUUCCGUUCAGAAGCUGCAGACGUGUUUUUCUGGAACAACCGGAGCAUUGAAGGACAAUUCGCAACAGAUUUAUGGGAGAAUUUAUUGGGGAAAAUUCCAUGCACGCAAUGUGCUGAAGCUGGGGAACCAUGUGUUAUGGCCACAGAGACCACGCGCCCGGUACCCUCCUGCCAAAGAUGCAGGAGAAUACAGAAAGGCUGUUCUCACAAGGUCACAGCUGGAUGUCGUCGUCUGGCGGAUUGGUCAGUUCUUCAAGGACAUCGUCUUAAUGAAGAACAGGUGAAAGAGUUGGCACUUGCUUUGGGGAUAUUGCAUGUAGAGAACGGAAAAUACCUAAAAACGACAGUGACGUCAAAAGCCAUCAAGACAUCUUUUCAAGUUGGCGCUCUUCCGGAAUCCAACUAUGGCGAUUAUGUAUCACGGGGAAUGCCAACUACAACCAUUGGGGGGUUUGGAAAGUUACCUGGGGGUAACCGGCCCCGGAUGCCUACGAGAGGUCCCCAUACUGGUCAGGCGAUGGGUUCUGUGAAUAUACCCGGCAGCUCCCAACGUAAACGUAUCCAUAAUGAUUCUCCUUCAACGAAACCUGAUUGGGUCCGCCCCAUAACUUUGGCUUCUCGUGAAUCUGCAGCUCACAAUGAGCUUCAGAUGGGGGAUGACAUUCCGGAAGGCCAACUUGGAGUGCAGGACACUUGGUCAUCGGAUCUUCAAGCGGCGGAUCAAAUAGCCCUGAGUAUCAAUAAAGCGAUGCAGUCUUCGUCGGUCAAUGUCCGAUCUAAGACUCCGCUGUUUCUUCCAUCUGAGAAGGCGUCUCCAGUCCCAGGUCCCUCCAGAAUUUCGAGGUCCGAAUCUCAGGUUCCUUCUGUAAACGAGUCAUCAAGGGUUUCUCCAGUUCCGGAUCCUUUCAGACUUUCGAGGUCUGAAUCGGUUCCUCCCAUCAACGAGUCGUCGAGGGCCACUCCAGUUCCGGAUCCUUCCAGGACCUUGCACUUUCAACCCGAGCAACAUUCUUUUAGUGAGUCAUCGAGGGCCACGCCAGUCUCGGGUCCCCUCAGAAUGUCACAGGAGGUUGUUUGCUCUGAUAAUGCGUCGUCAACUGCUUCCCCAGCCCCAGGUCGCCCUUCCAGAAUUUUCCGGGUUGAAUCUGAGGUUCCUUCUGAGAAUGGGGAGUUAAGGGCUUCGCCAGUAUCAAAUCUGUCUCAAACAUUAUCCGGUCUUCGAGUAAGCCCCCCGGCGGACAAAGACCAGUACCCCGAUCAGUUUCUUCUUCGGAGUGGUCUACUAGGAGACGCCAACCCUUCUGAGAUGGACGUGGAUACACUCCGCCGAAGGGUGGCAGAGCUCUCCCAGGAUAAGAAGCGCUUGCUGGAAGAAUUAUCUUCGGCAGAAAUUUUGAACAAAAAAUACGCUGACCACAUACAACAACUGGAAUAUUCCUUUGAGUCACAUCGUUGCGAUUCUAACAGUGGUGGUAUGCUUGAUCUCAACAAGGAGACAGAGAAGGAAUUGGAAGAUCUUCGACUUCAAUCAACAAAGGUGGUUGAUCCAGCCACUCACCAGACGGCUGUUGAACUUGGAUUGCGUAGUUGGCUGUCGUCCGGCGACCUUAUUUUGCGUCCUCUCCGCCGUCUCGUCAAUCGGAUUAAAGGCAAGUUCUUGAGUGAACAUUGCCAACAUGAUCGGUUUCCUGCGGAUAUUACAUUCGCCUAUCAACAACUACAUAGCGAGGCGGCAGAAUUUCAGGCAGAAUUGACCAAGAUAACCCAGUUCAUCGACACGGCAUCCGCGCAUUAUCGAGGGAUGAUGUCUCUUGAGCGACAUGAAGAGGCAGGAAAGUUUUUCCGCACUCAUUCCAAUGCUGCAGAUAGACAGGAUAUUAGCUCAGUAGGUCGUUUUGCAAUUAACCGGCCUGACCUCUGGGACAGGGAUUUGAUCAAUCAUACAUGUUUGGAUCCGUCUGAAAGAAAAUUAGCGCUUGCGAGCCAGGAAAGUUACUCCAAGCAUGAGGGGAAGCAUCCUCGAGAGGAGGGGGAUGGGGUUAACGGACCUGGUCCCGCGAAGAGAUCUCGAGUAGAAGAAGCAUGGUCAACUGACUGUUCUUAG